ACGUGCCAAUCUUUGUUCGAUCUGCAAACACGAUCAUUUAAGCCAUCGUUGUAUAUUAUCUACUGUGAUCGUAAUCGGAAGUGUUUGAUCGGAACGAAACAUCGUUGGAAAAUUUUCCACGAGUCAUAAAUCUUAAUAAUCCUCUGAUAAAAGUAAUAAGGAAAUUUCGUGUUUACCUGUAAUCCCUGUUACGUGAUCUUUAAAUACAGACGUUCGUUCGCAUUAGUCAGAUGACAGAUCGCGAUAAAAAAAGAUUUCAAAAUUUACAACAACAAAACAUUUGAAGGAAGUUCUAAUCGAACAAUAGGAUCUCCGAUACACGUGAUAAAAGAUUCUUUACAUUCCAGAUUUAUAUAAGAAAUGCGGUGUCGUCGCACAAAUGAAGAACGCUGUUAAUUUUCACCUUUCGGAAUUCGAUGUACGUGUAAAGAGUGCAACAUUGAAAAAACAGAAGGCUUCCCACGAGCAGGAUGAUAAUACUGAUAUUUCACUUCCUCGAAGGCAAACCGGUUGUACUCACGCAAACAUCAUCAUCAAGGCAAAACGUAAAAAUUCUGAAAAUCGAUAUUAAAUCGACGAGUCAAAGACAAGAAAGAAAUAGCUUGAUCGAAUAAUAUCAUCUUGUUGGGACUGUGUACUUGUCGCUGGGAGAAUUGUGUUUUAUACUUGCACGUAAACAAGCAGUUCGUCGGCAGUGCAUAGGUAUUAAACGACACGACAGUUUAAGCGGGGAAAAAUUUAUUGCUUGUUUCAUCGAUUGAAUUGUCAACGUGAUAUCCAGCGAUAGCGAUGGAUGAAAUUAUUGCCACGUCCUGUUUCCUCGACGCUUAUCUGUUUCGUAUCGAUUCAAAAAAAAAAAAAAA